AAUAAAAACACAUAUAUUAGAAUGUCAUUGAGAAUAAUUCCAAAUAAUCAACAAGAAUCAUCGGUUACCACCACCAAGUUUGGUGAAGCAGCCGAACAUGCACCAGGAUUACAAGAUAUAUUAAGAACUCAAGAAGGUCCAUUGAACAUCAGCUCCAAAUUAAACAAUCGUCAUCCAUUAGAAUCAAGAAUAACCACUUGGGAAAAGACCCAAGAGGAAACCAAAUUGGAAAUGUAUAGACGAGUGUUUGGUGCUGGUGAACCAAUUAAGAGAACUAUGGAAUUGAACAUUGUUGAAGCUACUGAUUUCAAGCCCAGUGUUUUAGGAGGUAGUGAUUCUAUGCAUAAAGACAUAUUAUUGGGCAAGGAUACUUCGGUUGAUUGGGAAGAUGUAUACCCUGGUGGGUUUGAAAGUGGGAAUAAUGUGAAAGAUUUCCAUACUGAAAUGGAAAAGAAGAUGGGAAUCUAAGUGUCAAUUCUAUAGAAUGAGAUAAGGAGUUAUGUAUUUUGUGCAGAAAAUAAUACAGAAUAGAACAAGAC